GCGUAGCUGUCUUUUCACUCGGACGACGAUAGGCAUGGGCGGGGACAAGACGACGCGCGUGGCGAUCCUCCUCAAGGGCUGCCGCAACCUGCUGCCGAUCGACGGCCUCAGCAGCAACAACAACGUCUUCUGCGAGGCCUUCCUCAUCGAGAAGGAUGGGCGCAGCCGCAUGAAGCACAAGACCAAGGCCAUCCGCGCGACCUUGAACCCGAUGUGGCACCUGCGCAUCGACUUUGGCGUCGUCGCGCUCGAGAGCAUCGGCGGCCUCGUCCUCUCGGUCAAGCACUCGGGCAAGUUUGGCAUGAAGAUCCUCGAGCUUGGCGAAGUCGUCUUGUCGCCAGACGACCUCCUCGACAUGAAGCUCCGCCCAGCAGACAACGAAUGGUACGAGCUCGAGCCAACAUCCGAGAUGGAGAAGCGCGGGUGGGGCAACCGCCCGCUCGGCGCCAUCCGCGUGGCCUCCGACACGCCUGGUGAGUUUGUUACGCCGCAGCUCGAGCCAUCGCAGCGCGUGCCAUCGUCCGCGUCGGCAGUCCUCGCAGGGUCACGCACGCUAUCGCAGAUGGCAACGAGCGAGUGCCAGCCAACGAGCAUGUCGUUUGAAGAUGACUUCAACCCGAACCACAUCCCAAUGCUUCGAUCGGCGAGUCACAUACCGAUGCUCUCGAGCCUCCAAUCGACGAGCUCGUUCAUGGAAGACCACGACCCUGCGCGCGAGCUCAAGCUCCUCAAGCGCUUUGCCAAUCGGUACCCAGGUCGUGGCGAAACGUGGUUUGUCAUCUCUGCCCCAUGGGUGCAAACGUGGCUCGAAUUCGUGACCUCGCCGAGCCCGAUGGACGCGAGUCUACCCAGCGCCAUUAGCAACAUGAUGCUCGUCGAAGACAGUCCCACGGGCACGCAUCUCGAGCUUCGUCGCGACCUGCAACUCAAGCACGACUUUCGCCUCAUUGACAAGGACAGCUGGAGGUUCUACUGCCUCUGGUAUGGCGGCGGCCCUACGAUUACGGUGGUCAUUCCCGAGCAGAUUCCCAGUGUGUCGGGCUGGAUGCAGAGCAUGCGUCUCCACGAGCAUGGCGAGAUCGUCGCCGGCUAGAAACACGCCAUUUCUCUUUUAUCUAUUGCAGCUUGGUUGACUUUUCAUGGCAC